GGCCAAUCGCUGCUUGUCCGUCUGGGCGCGAGGUACAAUGACUCGCAAUUCUAUUGGUCGACGCGCUGGCGCCUAAGUGCGGGGAGAAUUUUUCAGCUCAUCUAUUAGUUGGACAAGAUGUCAGUCAUUUUCAGACCGUAACUCCAUUGGCACUAAUGUUACCGAGGCUGAGAUAGGAGGUUAUCUGGAAUCUGCCAUCUCUAAGCUGGAUUCAGCCUCGCUUUUAAAGAGAUUUAAAGAAGAUCAUGAUGUCCAUAAAAAUGUUAAGAGCACUCGUGUUAAAUCUGCUGUUUCCACAGACCAUCAUAACGUGGACAGACUACCAUGCCGUAAACGUCCUGGCCUAUACUCGGAAGAAGGGAAAUGGUUCCAUGGACCAAGGAGUGGUUGUUUUGGUCAACGAUGCCAUUUUCGCAUACUUUGACCAGAAAAAACAAACUUUUAUUCUACGUCCUAGUUCGAGCGCAGGCUUCUCUGUCCUGGAGAAACGCUCCGGCACCUUCUGCCUGACCGAGGUCUUCAAGGGAUUCCUUAGACAGGCUAAAUAUCUGGAGAAGUUUCAAGAUGAUGCACAGUCAUCAGAGCCACUUUUAGCACGUCCUUCUGUUGAAGUGUAUACUGAGUUUCCUGAGGAACAGGGAAAAGUGAAUACCCUUUACUGCUACGCAACUGGGUUCUACCCCGGAGACAUAGAAAUGGAUCUUUUUGUUAAUGGUGUUAAUGUGAAGGGAGAGACCUCUGAUUUAAUGUAUGGGCAAGACUGGACUUACAGAAUAUACAAGCAUGUAACCAUCGCCCCAGAGCCCGGAGACAAAUAUAAAUGUGAAGUAAAACAUAGCAGUAUCCCAGAACCCAAAGUGACCGUGUGGGUCCCUGAAUUCUCAGAAUCACAUCUCUACUGGGUUUAUACACUAUUUCUCAGCAUUCUUCUGGGAAUCACUGUGUGUGUCUACAUUUUAAGAAGACAAAGGCCCUUCCAACCAUGAGGAAUUUUAGAAAAACACAUUUCGUGUCUCCACAAAUAUACACCUAUUAUGAUUUUAACAUUUGUGGUGAUUUUUUUGUGAUUUAUUUUUUACUUUUUUUCAGGUUCCUUAAAGAUGUGCUUGUUACUGA